AUGUCGGCCAAGGCCUCUCUAUCUAAGUCCUUUCCAAUUGUUCAUCUUCGUUUCGACAAUACUGGUAGUUUUCAGAUUACCCAGGAUGUUAUUUCGUCGUCUAGGGCGACCCGCCUUAUCAGCGACAACGGGCGAUUCUUGAAGGUGAGCUUCCCGACAACGCUGAAAGACAAUUUUGUCCGGCAGCUCCUUGCGGAUAAGAUCAAGAGCGGCAUUACUAUCGGAAGCAAGAAGUAUAUCUUCUUUGGGUAUACUGAAAGUCAAUUGAAAGAAAGCCGUGUCCUUUUCUUUCAAGAAAGGGAAGACUGGACGGUGCACAGUCUCAAGGCUGCAUUUGGAGACUUGAACUCCGUGUAUCGGCUGCACGGAUAUGGAAAGUAUGCCGCACGUUUGGGGUUGUCUUUCUCUUCGACCGAUCCGUCGCUUGAGGUUGGCUUGGAGGAACGUUAUCUCCUGGAUGACCUCAUAGCCAAUGAUGGUUCCGACUGUAGCGACGGCUGUGGUAUGAUACGCGACUCAUUCGCUAAACAAGUCUGCUCUACCAUUGGGGCGAGUGAGGACACCUGUGUCUUUCAAAUACGACUGGGGGGCAUAAAGGGAUUGUUCGUCAGGUACAAGGACGAGGACUUCGACCACAUUUGCGGCAGUGCUGGGGCUAAAGUCGCCUAUCGCCGCUCCAUGUUCAAAUAUGAAGGCGGACCUUCGACGCUCGAAGUUCGAGAUAUCAAUCGUCCGCCCCGUAGUGCUAGGCUCAGUAUUCAGUUCAUCGUCCUUCUGAUGACCUUGGGAAUUUCGUUUGAGGUCUUCGAAUCUCUUCUUCGGAAGCAACUUGAUGACCUCGAGCAGAUCAUGGUCAAUAGACAAAAGGCGAUGGACUGUGUGGGUGGAGAGUUAGAUUCAGAAGGAAAAGACUUCGACCAAGAACUAUCCGAGAUGCUUCUCGCUGGAUUUGAUUUGAACGAAGGGCAUCUCGCGUGUCUAUUGAAGCAAUUCCAAAAACGUUCGCUGGACGCUCUCCGUACGAAAUUGCACAUUCGUGUAAAGGACUCGGCCUAUCUGUUUGGAGUCGUAGACGAGCUUGGAAUAUUGGAGGAAGGUCAGAUAUACAUCAACCGACCUUAUCAAGGAGGACCGCAGGUCGGGACAUUCGUUGUCGGCAGGAAUCCUGCCUACUCCCCCGGUGAUCUACGACGAUUGGAAGCCGUAAACAUCCCUGAGUUAUCGCAUCUCACCAAUUGCGUUGUAUUUGCCGGUAAAGGAGGGUAUAGCGAGCCUAACCAGAUGGGCGGCGGUGACCUGGAUGGAGACCGCUAUCUUAUUAUCAAGGACCCAGAUCUUGUCCCGGACCCUGAGGAAAUACGUCGACCUAAAUUGAAAUCGGACCCGACACCGUCCGAUGACGCGUCUUCUAAUGCAUAUGCGAGCCUGUCACAGAUGAACAAAGAUGCGGUCAAUGUCUUUAUGAAUCUUCGAGGAAGUCGCCUUCUCGGUCAAAUGUCUAAUGCUUGGAUGAGUCAAGUGGGGAAGACAGAGGAGCUUGCCGAUCAAGCGUACUGUGCUGGUCUUGUUCCACUUAUUGAGAAAGCGCUAGAUAUUGCCAAGACCGGCGAGGACAUCGAAUCUGUCAAGAAGGAGUUCUAUGCACUCAAAACACUGAGGCAUGCACCAAGGUCCGAUCACUGGAGGGAUCCUAUCGAGCAGCUUCAGAGUCUUGUUCCGAAUCCUCCUGGCGAUUCGCAAGACGACUUUCAAUGUGAUCCCGACUUGAUUCUCGAGGGGAUCGCACCGCGCGAAGACUGGGACAGAUGCAUUGCUGAAGGUCGCAGAUCUAUGGGGGCGUUUAACCAAGCGCUGCACCGCGCUAUUACCAGUGAUAAAAAGAACAAAGGUACCCAUCUUUGA